ACAGAUCUACUGUGUACUUCGACAGACUGCUGUUCCUGGUAAUAUCUUUGCAGAGAGACCCUGACUCCAAGCAGAAUGUCGAAGCCUCAGUUGAUGCAGGGUAUGCAAAAGGAUCUUACGUGCCAACUAUGCCUUGAACUCUUCCGAUCCCCUAUCACCCCUGAAUGUGGUCAUACCUUCUGCCAAAGCUGCUUGACUGGGGCCACUAAGAACCAGGGUGAAAAUGGAUCUACACUGUGCCCAACAUGCCAGGCUCCUUCUCGACCUGAGACCCUUCAUAUCAACCGUCAGCUGGAGCAUCUGGUGGAAAGUUUCAAGAAGGUCCCUCAAGGCCACUGCCUCGAACAUUUGGACCCAUUGAGUGUUUUCUGUGAACAGGACAAGGAGCUCAUCUGUGGCGUGUGUGCAUCACUUGGCAAGCACAAGGGUCACAAUAUUAUCACAGCUUCCGAGGCCUACAGCAAGAUGAAGAGGCAACUGCCGCAACAGCAAGUUCUCCUACAGGAGGCACGGCUAAAAAAGGAGAAGACAGUGGCCUUGCUGGACAGACAGGUGGCUGAGGUGCAGGAUACUGUGUCCCGGUUUAAGAUCAGCGUGAGAGAACAGCUGAACAUAAUGAGGUCCUACCUCGAUGUGAUGGAAAAGUCACUGGCUCGGGAGGCAGAUAAAGCAGAAAAGUCGGCGACUGCUGCUCUGGUGGGUGAGAGGAAGACCAUGGCGCAUUAUCUGGAGCAACUCCAGCAGAUGGAAGGAGUUCUGAAAGAUGUGGAAGAACAAGAACAAACAGAGUUCCUCAGGAAAAUAAGCGUUGUUGGAUCCAGAUUGGGCAAAAUCUUGUCUGAAUCUCCCCCUCCUGGGCGUCUCGACAUCCAGCUCCCCAUCAUUUCCGACGAGUUCAAGUUCCAGGUCUGGAGGAAAAUGUUCAGAGCACUGCUACCAGGGCUCGAAAACCUCACAUUCGACUCAGAAGCAGCUCAACAGAACCUAGUCAUUUCUGCAGAUGGAAAAUCAGUAGAGUGCUCCGAGCACAAACAGGUAGUAUCUGAUGAGCCAACUCGAUUUGACAAAGGCAACUGCCUAGUGUCCAAAGAAAGCUUCACUGAUGGAGAACACUACUGGGAGGUCCUGGUGGAAGAUAAACCAAGGUGGUCACUGGGCCUAAUUUCUGAGACAGCAAAUCGCAAAGGAAAACUUCAUGCAAGUCCUUCAAACGGCUUCUGGAUUGUGAGCUGCAAGGAAGGGAAAGUCUACGAAGCUCAUGCCGAACAAAAGGAGCCACGGGUUCUCCGUGUGGAUGGCCGGCCAGAGAAGAUUGGGAUCUACCUUAGUUUCUCUGAUGGUGUGGUGUCUUUCUUUGAUUCAGAUGACGAAGACAAUGUGAAACUGAUGUACACCUUUCACGAAAGAUUUUCUGGCCGACUCUAUCCGUUCUUCGAUGUCUGCUGGCACGACAAGGGGAAAAAUGCCCAGCCGUUAAAGAUUUUUGCACCUCAGUCUUAAUCAAAUAAGCAUUAAUGGCCUUAGGAAUUGGGGUUUGUCAAGGAGAGGUUGGAAUGUUUUGGGAUUUUUUAACAAUGAAAAAUUAAGGAGUCAAAAAAUAAAUUACUUACCUGACCUGCUUUAUGUUCUGAAGAAUCGCUUGCUCUUCACAAAGUCUAAUAUGUAACCCUUUAUUAAUAAAAGGACUUGAAUGGGUGCCAUUCGCUGCGUCCCUAUGCAAAGUUGUAGGCACCACAGUUUGUAGGAACUUAGCAACAUUGUAUAGAGCACCAUGCACAUUGUCAAUGGUAAACCUUAUCCAACAAUAAAUGUAUUUUCUCAUCACAAUUUGUUUGCAAUAAAUGAAGUUAAAUGCUGU